AGAAACGAUAAAUAGCGUGUCGCGCUGUUCUCUUCGGCUCCUGUUUCGACGGCCGACGCACGGCCUCGGGAGCGAAGGCGGCGGCUCUUCCAUCCCUCCUCCUCUCGAGCUCUUCACCCCUUCUUCCUCCUCUUCACGGAUCGGGGAGUCUCGAGGGAGGGAAGAGGAUCUGCGGUGGGGGCGGCUUAGGGGAGGGGAUCGUUGAUUGCUUGAUCGGUGGCUACCGCGAUGGCUGCUCCACCUGGUAGGGCACGGGCCGAUUACGAUUACCUGAUCAAGCUUCUUCUGAUCGGAGACAGCGGUGUUGGGAAGAGUUGUCUCCUCCUGCGUUUUUCUGAUGGCUCCUUCACAACAAGUUUCAUUACUACAAUUGGUAUUGAUUUUAAAAUAAGAACUAUAGAAUUGGAUGGCAAGCGAAUUAAACUACAAAUUUGGGAUACAGCUGGUCAAGAGCGUUUCCGAACUAUAACAACCGCUUAUUAUCGAGGUGCCAUGGGUAUUUUGCUUGUUUAUGAUGUUACCGACGAGUCAUCUUUUAACAACAUUAGGAAUUGGAUUCGGAACAUCGAACAGCAUGCUUCUGACAACGUAAACAAGAUUCUCGUUGGUAACAAGGCUGAUAUGGAUGAAAGCAAACGGGCUGUGCCUACUGCAAGUGGACAAGCACUUGCUGAUGAAUAUGGAAUCAAGUUCUUCGAGACUAGUGCCAAGACAAAUCUCAAUGUGGAACAAGUCUUCUUCUCAAUAGCUAGAGACAUCAAGCAAAGGCUUUCUGAAACUGAUAACAAACCCGAGGACCGGACAAUCAAGAUCAACAAACCAGACCAGGGAGUCGCCGAGGGUACUGCAGCCACAAGAUCAGCGUGCUGUGGGUCUUGAGAUGCAGGUUAGGCCAGUUUGUAUGGAUUUGAUGGUAGUUGAUAACUAAUUUGCAUGUUAUCGGCAACAACUGAUGCUAUCGAUAUAAUUGACCGGUGAACUUAUCUGACAAUUCUUUCGCCGUUGGGGAUUGAAAACCUGCAGUUGCUAUUUUGUUGUGAAACCUGUAUCAGAAUGUAAGCUUUUGUCACUAUCCUGUCAUGUCUCAGUGUGAGAACGAUAUCGACUUGUUAAGUUGUAACUACAAGAUCGUCUUCCAAAGUGCUGGUAUUUUAAACUAA